CGAGCCGAAGUGCGCGCGCGUCGGGCGUCAGAGGCGGUUGAUAUCCCAGAGUUGGUGGAGCACGAUUGAGGCAAUAAGUUCCAGAGAAGGAAACCACUGCCUGACGUUCUCACCAGCUCUCUAUCUGCCAUGAUCAAGUGCCUUUCAGCCGAAGUACAAGCCAAAUUGCGGUCUGGUUUGGCCAUAAGCUCUUUAGGCCAAUGCAUUGAGGAGCUUGCCCUCAACAGUAUUGAUGCUGAAGCAAAAUGUGUGGCUGUCAGGGUGAAUAUGGAAACCUUCCAAGUUCAAGUGAUAGACAAUGGAUUGGGAAUGGGCAGUGACGAUGUAGACAAGGUGGGAAAUCGUUACUUCACUAGUAAAUGCAGCUCCAUUCAGGACUUGGAGAACCCGAGGUUUUAUGGUUUCCGAGGGGAGGCCUUGGCAAGUAUAGCUGACAUGGCCGGUGCUGUGGAAAUUUCAUCCAAGAAAAAUAGCACAAUGAAAACUUUUGUGAAACUAUUUCAGAACGGAAAAGCUCUGAAAGCUUGUGAAGCUGAUUUGACUAGACCAAGUGCGGGGACAACAGUAACAGUAUAUAACCUAUUUUACCAGUUACCUGUCAGGAGGAAAUGCAUGGAUCCUAGACUGGAGUUUGAGAAGGUUCGGCAGAGGAUAGAAGCUCUCGCCCUCAUGCACCCUUCUGUUUCUUUCUCUUUGAGAAAUGAUGUUUCUGGUUCCAUGGUUCUUCAGCUCCCUAAAACCAAAGACAUAUGUUCCCGAUUUUGUCAAAUAUAUGGAUUGGGUAAAUCCCAAAAAUUAAGAGAAAUCAACUUUAAAUAUAAAGAGUUUGAGCUCAAUGGCUAUAUCAGCUCUGAAGCACAUUACAAUAAGAGUAUACAGUUUUUGUUUGUAAACAAAAGACUAGUUUUAAAGACGAAAUUGCAUAAACUUAUUGACUUUUUAUUAAGGAAAGAAAGUAUUAUAUGCAAGCCAAAGAAUGGCUCUGCCAGUAGGCAAAUGAAUUCAAGUCCUCGACAUCGGUCUGCCCCAGAACUCUACGGGGUAUAUGUGAUCAAUGUGCAGUGCCAAUUCUGUGAGUAUGACGUGUGCCUGGAGCCGGCGAAAACCCUGAUUGAGUUUCAGAACUGGGAUACUCUCUUGGUUUGCAUUCAGGAAGGAGUGAAGUUGUUUUUAAAGCAAGAAAAUUUAUUUGUGGAAUUAACAGGUGAAGACCUUAAGGAAUUUAAUGAAGAUAAUGAUUUCAGUUUGCUCGGUGCUACUCUUCAGAAGCAUGUGUCCUCUGAUGAGAAGCAUGACCAAGGUAGCUUCCAGGAAGCAUGUAAUAAUAUUUUUGACUCCUAUGAAAUGUUUAAUUUACAAUCGAAAGCUGUGAAAAGAAAAGUUACUAUAGAAAACAUACACACACAGAAUCCUAAGGAUUCAGGAGCUAUCCAAAAAAAGACAAAUGAUUCACUUUCAUAUACUUAUAAAUCCUAUGGCCUAGACCAUGAUAAAAUGGCAGAUUCAUCUUUACACCACAAGGGUAGCUCUUGUGCAGAAUCGCAGAUGUUGGGACGAGAGAGGGUUGAUGUAUCAGAGUCAGAAGAAAAUGAGAAAUGUAAAAAAUCUUGCUUGGAACAUAGCUCUUUAGAAAAGCCAUGUGGAAGUAGUUCAGAAAUGUUUUCAAGCCCAUUUCAUACACCACAUCUCUUUGAAGAGGGUGGGAAGGAUCUGGAAACACAGAAGGUAAGCACUACGAUUAAGGACAUGACUGCCAAUGUCCUAAAAAUUAAUGGAAUUCAUAAUCAAUUAGAGAGAUUUAAAGACGCUACCAAAAUGGGAUGCCAGCCGCUGCCCACUGAGACAGUGUUACGGAGACUACACAUUCCUCAAAGAGAGAAAGCAAAAGGAAAAAAAGAAGCGAGUAAUUAUGGACAAAUAAAUGUUUUCAGUUAUGGACAAGUUAAAUUAUGUUCCACUGGCUUUAUAACUCAUGUAGUACAAAAUGAGCAAACUAAAUUGACUGACACAGAACAUCCAUUUAAAAAUUAUGGACCCAGUCCUGCAAGUGCCCAGGAGACAUCUGGAAACAGAGCACAUCAUUCAGUUGAGACUCCAGAUGUCAAAGAUUUAACCACCACUUUAAGUAAAGAAUCUGCCCAUCUGCCCAACAAAAAACUUGGCAGAAUGAACAUAGGUUAUGGACAAGAGCACAAACCUAUAGCAACUUAUAAAAAUUUUGCUAUUUUUCAGGAAGGUGGUAAAACAAACAGAGAUUGCUUAUUACCUGAUGAAUCCUCUUUCUUCCCUUGGUAUGGACAUAUUUCAAAUGGCCAUAAGAAAACAGAUAAAUUGACUGAUUCCUCCAAAUGCAUAGUACGCAAGAAGCUAAGCUUGAGUUCACAGCUAGGAUCUCUAGAGAAGUUUAAGAGGGAAUAUGGAAAAAUAACAAGUCCUUCAGAUACAGAAGUGGAAGACAGUAAUAUUGAAGUGACGACGAAUCUCAGUUCUCAAGUCGAACCUACCAGUCCACUGAAAGACAAGAAUCACUUAGACGACUCUGAUAGUUAUAAAAUCAAUACUAUGAAUCAUGAUUCAAAUGGUAGUGAUCAACCAGUAAGUCACAUCCUUUAUUUAGAGAAAUCUCCAUUCUCCAAGGAAGAUUGUUUGGAACAACAGGUGCCUUGUUUGAGAGAAAGUCCUGUAACGCUAAAGGAGUUAUCUUACUUUAAGAAAAAACCUUUGGCUAUUGAGAAGUCACCUGAAUCACUAGCUUCUAAAUUAUCCAAACUGAAGGGUUCUGAAAAAGAGACUCAGACAAUGGAGAUGAGUCAUUUUAAUGAACUUCCGAAUUCAGAUUCAUGUAGGAAAGACAGUGACUCGUGCGGUGCGUUAACUCAAGAUUUUUGUAAGUUAUUUGAAAACGACCAUAAAAAAACAGAGAAUGGGAUCAUUCUCAUGUCGCAUUCUGUCACACAGGAUAAUUCUUUCAAUACAGAUAUUGAAAUGCAUUCUGACAAUACAAGACAAAACUCUGAGAUAUCAGAAAGUCCCUUGGUAUUACCCUCUAAUAAUUCUGAAGUUAUCAGUAAAGACUCUGAAAUUCUUAUUAAAGCUUUAGAACAACAAACAGGAAGUCUUGACUCUCCUAGUAGAAUGUCAGUGAGUCAGGUAGAAGAUUCCACAACCAGCCAAAAUGCAAUUUGUUUUCAGAGUGAGGAAUCUAAAGCAAGAACUUGUCCUGAAAACGAAGAGCCAAGCACAUGUUCUUUGGAUUGGCAGCAGCAUUUUGAUGUAGCCUUGGGAAGAAUGGUCUACAUCAAUAAAAUGACUGGACUUAGCACAUUCAUUGCUCCUACUGAAGACAUUCAGACUGCUUGCACUAAGGACCUGACAACCAUGGCUGUGGAUGUUGUACUUGAGAAUGGGUCUCAGUACAGGUGUCAUCCUUUUAGAAGCGACCUUGUUCUACCUUUUCUUCCAAGGGCCCGGGAAGAGAGGACUGUGAUGAGACAGCAAAAGAGAGAUACUGUGGAUGAUGGUGGUGACUCACUUCAGUCUUUGUUCUCAGAAUGGGACAAUCCUGUAUUUGCCCGUUACCCAGAGGUUGCUGUUGAUGUAAGCAGUGGCCAGGCUGAGAGCUUAGCAGUUAAAAUUCACAACAUCUUGUAUCCCUAUCGUUUCACCAAAGAAAUGAUUCAUUCAAUGCAGGUUCUCCAGCAAGUGGAUAACAAAUUUAUUGCCUGUUUAAUGAGCACCCAGACCGAAGAGACUGGGGAAGCAGGUGGGAACCUGCUGGUAUUGGUGGACCAGCAUGCUGCUCAUGAGCGUGUCCGUCUGGAGCAGCUUAUUGCUGAUUCCUAUGAGAAGCAACAGCCACAAGGCUCUGGUCGGAAAAAAUUACUGGCUUCCACUAUAAUCCCUCCACUAGAGAUAACAGUAACUGAGGAGCAGAGGAGACUCUUACGGUGUUACCACAAAAAUCUGGAAGAUCUUGGCCUUGAAUUUGUAUUUCCAGACACUAAUGAAUCUCUGAUCCUCGUGGGGAAAGUACCAUUGUGUUUUGUAGAAAGAGAAGCAAAUGAACUUCGAAGAGGAAGAUCUACUGUGACCAAGAGCAUCGUGGAGGAAUUUAUUCGAGAACAAGUGGAGCUACUGCAGACCACAGGAGGCAUCCGGGGGACUUUGCCACUGACCGUCCUGAAGGUGUUGGCAUCCCAAGCCUGCCACGGGGCCAUUAAGUUUAAUGAUGGCCUAAGCCUAGAGGAGAGCCAUCGCCUUAUUGAAGCUCUGUCCUGGUGCCAGCUGCCAUUCCAGUGUGCUCACGGGAGACCAUCUAUGCUGCCGUUGGCCGAUAUAGAACACUUGGAAGAGGAGAAACAGAUUAAACCCAAUCUUACUAAGCUUCGCAAAAUGGCCCAGGCUUGGCGUCUUUUUGGAAAAUCAGAAGGAUGUGACACAAGGCAAAGCCUGCAGCAGUCCCUGCCUUCUUGUGAGCCACCAUGAGAACAAUUACUGAUCUAUAGGGAACCAAAGGGAUGCUGCCAGUCCGCCUCUGAGCUGAGAGCACAAACAGCAGGUACCAGCACAACUUCGACCAAGUCAGUCCAGUGCAUCUGAACAACUCCGAGAAGCCCGGCCCUUCCUCCCAGUCUUUCUGAGCCGAUGCUCCCUGCACUUGAGUGGACAGAUGGAACUGAGUUUUAGAUAUUGCAUUCCUUUGCAUCCAUGGACAUAGGUCACCAAAUAAUACCUGCCUUUGAUAGUAUGACUUACUUAGCAAUGCAAUUUAAUUGUCUGGUUGAUUGAUUUUUGUUUGCAAGAUGAAUUUUUUGGUUUUGUGCAGUUGAUUGCAGCCUCCAAGUUUGCAUUUAUGUAAUUCAGCUGAUGCUGAACUCUAGCCUUCACAGACUGCCCCAGUGUUGGCCAUUCCUUCCCUCUUUUCUCUUCAGUUUUCUUCACUUCCUUCUGCUGCUUCUUUACAUGCCAAGUCUCAGCCUUAAAGAAUUUCUUUAUUCUUAAUUAAAAAAAAAAAAAAAACCACUUUCUGAGGUCUUCCAUCAGGCCUUUAGUUAAAUUAUUUUAAGGAUAAAAAUUAUUAAUAAAGAAAAAUAAGAAAAAGGAUAGGUUACAGAAAAUUUAAAGUUCUUUUCCUAAUUUUUUUCAUUUUAUUACUUCCUUAGAAACUCAGACUGAUGUUCAUAUUUCAAACCAGUAAAAUGGUACAAGUUUUAUGAACCCGUUUUUUAAAAUAUGAUUUAUUUUGUACUUCAUAAGAUAUCUCUUCAUGUGAAAUCAAUUGUCAUAUCAAAAUGCAGCAUUUAUUCGUUCUGUGUAACCAGAUCUGUUCAGCGCUUUUUUCUUUUUUCUUUUUUUUUCAGGAGAUAAGUGUUCUUUUAACCCCUUUCAGUUGUAUUUUGGCCUUAUUAUAUUUUGCUUAUCUAAUGGCCUUAUAGUUUGAAUUGGGACCAGUACCAGUCUUCCUGCAAAUACUUGUCAUGCCCCUCUCAGUCUGUGCGUGUUUCCUCACCUUUUCAGAUGGCUGGGUUUACAGGUAACAGGACUCAGUAGACUGAAGUCAUAGAAGGGGACAAAGCCAAAACCAGCUGGUAAUGUUUACUGUGUUGGGAUGCUGCACGUUAGUGAGAUGAUGCAAUGAAAAUUUCCACUUUUGUAUUUCCUGGCCAGCCUACUCAAAUUGGCUUUUUUAUCAAUGGAAUUAUUUUACUCACUUUUUAAUACAGGAAACAAACUUGUGCUCAUGGAAGAAACUUUUCUUGCCAGCAGCCCUGGAGUCAGUCUCACGGAGCAAUGAAAGUAUUGCCUUCGUUUGUGUGUGGCUCAGAGAAGAUUCAGGGGAAGCCUUCACUCGUUUGCAAGGGGAUCCUUGCAGAGCCAUGUAAUUGUGACCCUGAAGAAUAGACCCCACUGUCUAAAAAUGGCCAUCAUUCUUCUAAAUGAACAUAAACGGGGGCUUCAUAGACAGGGAAACAUGACCUUGGAGAUGGAGGGUGUUUUCAGGGGCUUUGCAAGGCUGUCAGGAGCUCUGCCUCCAGGCCCAGUGCGGAGAGCAGUGAGGGGGGGGCAGGAGGGGGAGCGGGCAUGGCCUCAAGGCUUCUGCCUAUUUCCGAAGCUGCUUGGAGGCCAACUGCCCUGAGUUUUUAAAAUACUUUUAGAUUAAACCAAUUUCUGGGAUUUAAAAGUGUUUCCCUAUCUCUUAUUAGGAUAUGGGGUGCAAUUUCAGAAGACAUUUGUUCUAUAUUAUCCCAACCACUGUUUUCUUGAGAGUAGCAGAGAAUUAGACAAAAUUCCAUAAAUUAUGUAACCAGUCUUCUUGGCUAGCUUGACUCAAGCAAUGCAAUAAUUAUCCUGUUUUAAUAAUUUAUAGACUCAGUAGCAUGCAUCAGCAUAAAAACAACCUAUUACCCAAAAAUAUCUAAUAGGUGACUUUUAUUGCCUAUUAGGAUUUUAUUUUGUUCUGUUUUGUUUUUAACUCAGAU